GUACUUGCAGACCUCUCGAAGUUUCUGUUGUUAUCAAUCAAGAUGUGCUGUUGCUCAUGGACUCUCGAGCUAUACACCAUAUUGUCAGCACCAAGCCUAAUGACUAUUACAAGCCCGCCAACAUCACCUAUAUGCUGGCUGAGCUCCUCGGUAGAGGUGUGUUACUAGUUGAAGGUGAACAACAUCAUCGCCAGCGCAGAAUCAUGAAUGGUGCAUUCGGACCAUCCCAAAUUCGCGACCUCACGGAAAUAUUCGUGGAGAAAGCUAACCAGUUGCGGGAUAAUUUCACAUCCCUUACCGAGCGCAACGGCGCCGCACGCGUCGACGUCUUGCAUUGGAUGAGCAAAGCGACCCUGGAUAUCAUCGGUGCAGCAGGCUUCAAUUACUCGUUCGACUCGUUGGAUACCACGAAAGGUCCUAAUGAGCUCAACGUUGCUUUCAGCACGGUAUUUAAGGCCACCCAAAAGUAUGAUUUCAUGAGCGUACUCACCUCAAUAGCUCCACCACUCAGGCGCCUGCCAACUGAGCGCCUUCGUCGGAUUCGGGAGGCCAAAGCCACUAUGGAUCGCCUCGGGUUGCAACUCGUAAAGGAGAAGAAAGCCGCUUUGCAGGCGGAGAGCGUCGGCGUCGAGAAGAAGAAUAUUCUGAGCCGUGAUAUGCUGAGUCUGUUGAUCAAGGCUAACAUAGCGAGCGAUGUUCCGGAAAAUCAACGGCUUUCCGAUGAGGAGGUUCUGGCUCAAAUCCCGACUUUCCUAGGAGCGGGGCAUGAGACAACCAGCACCAGCACGACUUGGUGUCUCUUCCUCCUAGCAUCUCAUCCAGACGUUCAAAUGAAGUUGCGCGAUGAGCUCUGGAGUCUGGCCACGAACGAACCGACUAUGGACCAGCUGAACUCCCUUCCGUACCUCGACAGCGUUUGCAGGGAAACAUUGAGAGUCAGAGCUCCGGUUCCAAGCGCCAUUAGGGUGGCACAGAAGGACGACGUGAUUCCGCUCGAGAGACCUUUCGUCGACACCCGCGGUCAGGUUUGUUCUGAGAUUCGGGUCAAGAAAGGUCAAACUGUCAUACUGCCUAUCCUGGCCCUCAACAGGUCGUCGCGACUGUGGGGCCCUGAUGCUUCGGAGUUUAUACCAGAAAGAUGGCAACACCUUCCGCAAGCUGUGAACUCUAUCCCUGGAGUGUGGAGCAACAUCAUGACUUUCCUGGCGGGCCCGCACGCCUGCAUUGGCUACCGGUUUUCUAUCGUCGAACAAGGGCACGACAGGAUGAAAGCCCUCCUCUUCGCACUUGUUAAAUCGUUCGAGUUCGAGCUUGCCACGCGGAAAGAAGAUAUCGUGGUGAACUACAUGCAGCUCGUAACGCGACCCUCCGUAGCGGGCGAACUUGAAAAGGGCAACCAAAUGCCACUGAUCGUCAAGCCUGCCCAUCGUGUGUGA